CAAACGGCAAGCCGGCAACCAUACAAUACUGUACGCCGCCGUGAUCGGUCACGCGCCGUCGGCGGUCGUGUCCGCCAGAAGCAACCGUCGAAGCCGGUCACCAUGUCUGGCCUUGCCUUUCCGUUCGGUUUCGCUGAACGCUAUUGGCUCGCCGUCGCAGGCGUUACCAUGAGGCAUGCUACCGGCCACUGUGCCCCCGGGGUUGCUUAGACACCCAGCAUCGCAGGGAAAGCAACGGAUGCCACGACGCUUUGACAGCGUGAAGGCUGCUGGUGGCUGGGGCUAUAAGUGGCGGCGAGGUGGGAACAGAGGGAAGAGAGGAUACGCCGGCCGCGCCUAACCGAACCGCCGACGCCGAGCGAGAGAAGGUAGCUGCUGCGUGCGCCAGGGGGAGGACGAUAUGCAGGGCGGCGGCGGCGGCGUGGAGCAGCAGCCGAUGCAGAUGGUGCUGCGGGUGAAGCACCCGACGUCGUCGUCGGCGCUGGGCGGCGACGAGGAGGAGGCGGGCGAGGGCUCGUCGAGGUCGGCGCUCUCGGUGUUCAAGGCCAAGGAGGAGCAGAUCGAGAGGCGCAAGAUGGAGGUCCGGGAGAAGGUGUUCGCGCACCUCGGCCGCGUCGAGGAGGAGUCCAAGCGGCUCGCCUUCAUCAGGCAGGAGCUGGAAGGCAUGGCGGAUCCAACGCGGAAGGAGGUGGAGUCGAUACGGAAGAGGAUUGACACGGUGAACCGUCAGCUCAAGCCUCUCGGCAAGAGCUGCGUCAAGAAGGAGAAGGAGUACAAGGAGGUCCUGGAGGCGUACAACGAGAAGAGCAAAGAGAAAGCGCUGCUAGUCAACAGGCUAAUCGAGCUGGUGAGCGAGAGCGAGAGGAUGCGGAUGAAGAAGCUAGAGGAGCUCAACAAGACAGUCGACUCACUCUACUAGACGCCCAGCUGAUGCUCACCUCCACCGAGAGCUCGCUUGACGCCUCUGUAAUCUCAGUGUGCCAUAAGGAUUCGGGACUUGUUCAAGGUGUUGCUUGUAACUGAUGUUUCUCAUCGAGUGAUUCUUCCUUCUUCUUUCUUUUCCUUUUGUUUCUUCUCUUUCAUCAGUUGGUUUGAGUCUCGUUGCACUGUCACUGUCGAGUAAAACUGACGUAUUUAAGCAACAACGGAGUACCAGGAACAAGGCUGAAAACGAGGAGGGUGGCCUGUCGACCGUACUAGUAGGACCUAUAGUGCUAAUUCAGAGUAGCUAUCAUCCCUUUCGUUUUUUGUGCUGCUGGUAAUGCAAACAGCAAUAUCCUGA